AUGGGUGGAGCCGGUGUCUAUAAAAACCGUGAGGCCCAUUUUGCCAAUGGAGCCUUGAAGGCGCAUUGUGCGUGUACACGGAGAACCUGUGAGCGCAUGGAUGGUCAGAGAAGGUUCAGACUCCUCGUUGCCAGGGGUAAUCGUGGGUGUGCCAUGUACGACUUCGUAGGUAAUGGCUUCCUCGAAGGAGUCAUCAAAAACGUCCCAAUCCGCAUCAAUCAUGAGGAGUUGAGGUCGUUUGCAGCGAUGACCGGCCCGGAAAGGUUCAUCACAGUUGAAGCAGAGAUUUUUUUCACGCCGGUCCUGGACCUCGGCCUGAGAGAGCCUACGAAUGGGUGGUUGUCCCGAGGUAACAGAUGGCGUUGUCGAAGCUGGUGGCAAUCCGGGAGGGCGAGAGCUUGCUCCUGGAGAGAAACGCGGAGAAAAUGGUCGAAACUGGAUGCGUGUCGACUUCCGACGAUUAUCAAAGGCUCGGGCCAAUCGUUUGGCUGCAUUCAGAUUCGCCGGAUGGUGAAUCAGAACGUUAUCACGAAGCUCAGUGGUUAA